UUUUUAAUUAACGCAAAGUACGAUUCAUGUAUACAAAUAUAUUUUUCAAUUUUUAUUUCUUCAGUACUAUUAAUUAUUCUCAAUUCGUCAAUUCUAAUUCUGAAUAAAAAUGUUUGAGAAUAGAAAGGGACGUCCCUCGAAAUAUACAACUGGCAACCCUGCCAUAGAUUUGUAAAUAAGGUUCGCGGAACUAGCUGAUGUUUACCGGUUUUUCUGCAGACAAAUUUUAUUUAUAAAGACGUGGUGUUUAAUUAAUGUUUUUGAUGAUUCGAGGUGACUUGAAGUAACUAAGCAAUGGAUACUAAAAUGGAGAAACCAGCUGAAGAAACAGUUGAAAGUCCCAGUAAUCAAAACUUACAGACAGUCACUCCUUUGACCAUAAAAUUAGAGCCUAUAACUCCUAAAUCCAAAAAGGAUUUGGAAUGCUCAAUAAAAGGUAUGACUCCAGUUAGUGUAAAAUUAGUACCCAUUGAUUCAAAGGCUCUAAAAAUGAUUCGAAGUAGCACAAAGAAAGCAAAAAUUCCCAUUGAUCCUGUUACUCCCAAAGCAAAUAUUGAAUUUAGCUUAGAACUGAAGAAAGUAAUUAAUGAAAGGAAUAUAUUAACAUCGAAAACAAAAAAGGUCGUAUUUGAUGCACUGGAUGACAUAAAAAAUAAGACCGAGGAGGAAAGUAGAAAUUAUAAAAAGAAUAAAGCACUCUUAGAAAUUAUUAACAGUGAAAUGAAAUAUGUUUCUCAAUUAGAAACAAUAAUUAAUUAUUUUAUGAAGCCAACUUUGGAUAGAAAACUUUUAAAAAAAGAUGAUUAUAAUAUAUUGUUUGGUAACAUUGAAACUAUUUACAAUAUUAACAAGCAAUUGUUAGAAGAAUUGGAUGAGGGGCACAAUAAUGUUGCUAAUGCCUUCUUAAAGUUUGCACCUUUCUUUAAACUAUACUCAGUUUAUGCCUCAGAAUUUAAAAAUGCCCUCAGAAUAAUUCAGAGUGCAAGAUCCCUAAAUCCAAAAUUUGCUUCAUUUGUUGAAAUGCAAGAAACUCGACCAGAAGUUCAGAGCAAAUUGUCAUCAUUGUUGAUAACACCUAUACAAAGAGUUCCUCGAUAUAAGUUGCUGCUGAUGCACCUCCAGGAACUUACAUCUACUAAAGAAAAAGAAUACAAUCUAAUAGUUGAAUGUCUUGAAAAAAUAGAAGAUGCUGCUGAGCAUAUCAACAAGGUUGUUGACAACCAAGAGAAUGCUCAAAGGUUAUUGGAAUUGCAAAGGUGCUUAUGUAGUGGGGAACCCAAUAUAAUUACGCCCGGCCGAACCCUUAAAAAAGAAGGAAUCUUGAUGAAAAUGUCCUCUAAACAAUCUCACAGUGAAAAACUAUAUGUUGUUCUUAUGAAUGACAUAAUUAUGUUUAAUAAAAUGAAGAAAGAUGAACCAAAAGUGAAUUCAUUGAAAUGUUCUUCAAUAUUUCCUUUAAAUAAAUGUAAAAUUGCUGAAAUACUAGAUAAAGGAUGUUUUCGAAUAAACUGUCAAGAUGAUGAGAUCAUAUUAUACCAUGAUAAAUUUAAUGAAACCAAAAUGUGGAUAGAAGCGUUAGAUAAUGCCAUUCACAAUUACAUAGAAGAUAGGAAAACUUUAAGAAAAGAAAGCUCUUCAAGAAGACCAGUCAAAAGAAAAGAUAUACUGGAGUAUAAUGAGCCAUGUGUAAUAGCAACACCUAUGAAAAAAAGAAAAAUUGAUGGACAACAUUCAUUAUUAGGAAUACCAAUUUCUGGACGGAAAUCAAUUCAUCACCAUGACUCCCUUAAACCCAGUUUAGGGACACCAGCCAACCAAUUAAAUGGUAAUCCAAAUUUGCACAAAGAGUUGUAUGUAUUUGGAAAUCCAGGAAACACCAAUAAUGGGUUUAGGUUUACUAAACUCCUGGGGGACGUUGGUUCAUCUAUAAAAAGACUUUUUGGGUUUAAGAAAGAAAGAAAUUGAUUUUCAUUCUAUUUUGUAUGGAGUCAUACAUUUGUAUACUUUUAUAGUAUUUACUUAUCAAAUGUUACUCAAAAUAACAUAUGUAAAAUUUGUAUAGGGUCAAUAAGUUUCAAAGAGAUAACAUUUAACAUAGGUAUAACAGUGCAUCUCUGUGUUUACUAUUUAAAAGUGGUUUUAAUAAAUUCUUUCAAUGUAUCAAUUUUCACUAUUUUUCAGCAGUAAAAUUUUAGACUUUCUUAGCAAUUUUUGUCAAGAUAUGAUUUAAUUUGUCUGGAUGCGUCAUAUAUUAUUUUGAGUAGUUUAAAUUAUCUGAUAGAUUUAUUAUGCAGCAUGACUUACUAUUUUAAAAUUACCAUUAAGUUAUUGAGAAUGAGCAGAAUAAUGUGAAGAGAGUAGACCCCUUGAAGGUGUACUCCAGAAGAUGUUUUUUUUUGUUGAUUUUAAAUCAAAAUACUUCUGGUUUUUAUCACAUUCCACGUAUAUAUAAAAUGUUUGUAUUUAUUUUUUAUAUUUUUUUAUACAUUAUUUUUUUUUAGUUUGAUAAUUAUGUCUAAUUUGUAUUGAUAAAUCAUACAUGUGAUAUUGCUACACUGUUACAUACUGAUUUUGUACAUAAGUAGUUUCUGUGAGCGUCCUUAUUUUUAUUAAGCGACGAAUUUUUUAAAAUUUGUAAUGAUUCAUUAACAGUUAAAUAAAUGUAAUCUUAUCAAAGUGUUA